AUGGUCGUCGUGGGCUACGUCUCCAGGGGCCGCGCUCUGCUUGAGGGGUUCAUCGAUAACCUACGCCUAGAAAAGCUACAAUCUGAGGAGAAUCAAUAUUCUACAAUAGUUUCACAAGUGUUACCCCUUGAUCAACAUGAGUUAGAGCGCAUUGAGCGUCGAAUACACUCGGAAAAUAGGCAGCACAAGUGCGAUAAUGCCUCUGAAAUAAAUCGAAACUAUGAGCAAAAAGAUCGUGGUGGACCAAUAGGGCGCGAUGGACCCAUGGAAUGCAUAACAAAUGACCUCUACAAAGAAUUAAAUGAACAACUUAAGCGCUAUGCUGAGAUACUGACCAAAUUGUUGGUUAAUCCAAACGAUCAACAACUACGAUCAACCUUGCAACUAUUUGCAGGUGAAAAUAAUGGUAUACUGGGUGAAAUCUCCACGCUUACAAUUUGCCUUCUGGACACAUGGGUUUGCUCUUCUCAGCAUACAGCCUACGGUUUUACCCACAGCUCUUUAUCGGACAAUAUGCCUGCCAACGCAUUCAAACAGAAUGAUUUUUCAGUUCCCUUUUCCAUUUCUGAUCCUUCAAAUGCCGUUACUGUCGCUAAACUUAUGGAUGAUAAUAAGGAAAUGAAAAGAAAAAUAGCCUUUUACAAAUCGCAAAUAUCAAGGUUCUACGGGCAGGGAGAUAGGGAGGCAUAA